AUGGUCUACCAUGGUUUCGGUUUGGAGCAGAUAUCUCCACCCAACAAUAAGCCAAUGGCGGAGAUGGGCCCAGAGGAACAGGGCGAGAAAGGCGCUCAAAUGAUGGUGGACUUCAUGACCUCCUGUCCAGGUAAAUCUGCAAUCAGCGGUGUGACAGGUUUUGCCUUGGGUGGUGUCUUUGGUCUUUUCAUGGCGUCAAUGGCGUACGACACUCCCUUGCAUACACCCACUGUACCCGGGGCGUCGCCACUACCAAGUAGUGUGCAGCAUAUCUCAGACCUACCUUUCAAGCAGCAAGUGAAGCUGCAGUUUGCUGAUAUGGGGAGACGAGCGUACUCAAGCGCGAAAAACUUUGGAUACAUUGGUAUGAUUUACUCUGGAGUGGAGUGUGCUGUGGAAUCGCUGCGCGCGAAGAACGAUAUCUACAACGGCGUGGCCGCCGGGUGUCUCACUGGUGGCGGUCUUGCUUAUAAAAGUGGUCCUUCCGCAGCGUUGGUUGGCUGUGCGGGUUUCGCGGCCUUUUCAACUGCGAUAGACUUGUACAUGCGUCAGGAAAACGGAACCCCACCCAAGAACGAUUUCGACGAGUAA